AUGACCAGCAAAACAGUAGAUAUUAACCGAAGAAGGCCCAAACUCCUGCCAAAUUACACUCUAGCCCUCUUGCUCGUCACCGCAAAUGCAAUCCACUCGUCAAAAUCUGAGACCAAUAUCUCGGCCUCCCGUCCGACCCCACCCCCACUCCCUAUACUACCAAUCCCAACCUCACACCAGCUCUCAUGGCAGCUCGCGGAGAUGGCCCUCUUUUUUCACUUCGGCCCCAACACUUUCACUAAUUCGGAAUGGGGCACGGGCCACGCGGACCCUUCCGUUUUCAACCCGGACGCCGUCAACGCCACGCAGUGGGUAAACGUGGCCAAGGCCGCAGGUUUUUCCAGAGUCAUCUUGACCACGAAGCACCAUGACGGGUUUUGCUUGUGGCCUUCGCAGUACACAGAUUAUUCGGUGAGGUCGAGCCCGUGGAGGAAUGGGACCGGCGAUGUUGUCGAGGAACUGGCUGAGGCUGCGAGAGCUAAUGGCGUUCAACUGGGCCUCUAUCUUUCUCCCUGGGACAGGCAUGAGCCCUGCUACGGGAAGACGCUCGAGUACAAUGAGUAUUAUUUGGGCCAGAUGACCGAAUUGCUUACCAGAUAUGGUGAAGUCAAAGAGGUUUGGCUAGAUGGUGCAAAAGGGGAAGGAGAGAAGUACAUGGAGUACUUCUUCGAUGAUUGGUUUAAUGUAAUUCAUCAACUUCAACCAGGGGCCGUCAUAUUUUCAGAUGCAGGGCCAGACGUGAGGUGGGUUGGGGAUGAGGCUGGAUUUUCUGGGACCACUUGCUGGUCUCUCUUUAAUCAGAGUAAUGCCAAAAUUGGCGGCACGGAUCCUGCAUAUUCCGGACAAGGGGACCCAUUUGGCCACGACUGGAUACCCGCCGAAUGCGACGUCUCGAUCCGGCCCGGAUGGUUCUGGCACCCGUAUGAAUCCCCAAAGCCUGCACUCACUCUCCUUGAUAUCUACUACAAAUCCGUUGGUCGAAACUGUCUCCUCCUACUAAAUGUGCCCCCAAAUUCCUCGGGCCUCAUUGCCAAAGAAGACAUUCAGGUCCUUCAAGAAUUCACCAAAAUGCGAACCUCCAUAUUUUCCAACAACCUAGCCAGAGGUGGCUCGGUUUAUGCUAGCAGCACCCGAGGCAGUAUAAACGAAUCUCUUUACAGCCCAGUUAACAUUCUUGAUGAAAGUGUGCAUUCGUAUUGGGCUCCAGCCAGUGGGCCCGCAUCAUCGGGCCCCACAUUGUAUCUUGAUUUUGAUGAGGCUGUUGCCUUUAAUGUCUUGAUGGUGCAAGAGCCGAUCCAGAUGGGUCAGAGGAUUAUUGAGUUUCAUCUCGAUUUCUUGAAUGGGGGUGGGAAGUGGGAGGUGGCGGCUAAUGGGACCACUGUGGGGUACAAAAGGCUGUUGGUGUUUCCUAGUGUCACUAGUAGGCGGUUGAGGUUUGUCGUGGAUAAGAGCCGUGCUGAGCCUCUGGUUUCGUAUUUUGGUUUGUAUAUGGACCCAUUUUCGGCUUCUGGACAAGUUCGGGCCGGUUUGAGAGGUAAUGGCAGUGAACUCGUGCUGCAAAGUUCGCGCUGGAUUUUAAAGAGUUCCUAUAAGUAA